CAUCGGGUGCAGCCAUCUUAUUAGUUGAGGGUCGCCCGCCACCGUGUCGAUACUCUCCGAGGUCCGAGCCAGUGGGAGUGUGGGACGACGGCGCUGCUUCCCGGGGGUUAAACGGCCAUUGGGAUUAUUCUCUCUUUGCCUUUUCCCUAAGUAAUUUCGCCGCUAAUGUUCUGUUCGAAUUCGCGUUUCGAGGAGCUCUGCAAACGCUGAUACAACACUGCUCUCCUUCAUUCGCCUUUUGGGUACAAGAACGCGGCCAUUGAUUUCGGCGGGUUUGAUCCCAAACUAUAUGGGUCCUCCAAGGUUCACGCGGCCCAAGGCAGGCGAUGCCCAGUCAAGUUCUUCUAACCUUUUUGUAGCCAACUGCGGACCAGCUGUGGGACUGUCCUACGAAACUAUUGCUUCAGCGUUCGCCGCUUUCGGGGAUGUGGAAGGAGUGUACGCAGCUGAUGAUAGCGGCACCCGUGUCAUUGUUUCUUAUGGGCAGGUCGAUUCUGCUCAAGCUGCACUGGCUGCAUUCAAUGGGAAGCCUUGUGCUGAGCUCGGAGGACGUUCUCUGCACAUUCGUAAUUCCGUCCUUCAACCAAUUGGCAAGAGUCCGGUCGACCACGCAAUCCCAGUAUCCCGUCUGGCUUCAGAAGUGAAUAUUCCAGGCCUUUACUUGUUGCACGACUUCGUCACCGUGGAAGAAGAGCAAGAAUUGCUUGCAGCAGUUGACAGUAGACCCUGGAACAAGCUCUCCAAGAGAAGGGUUCAACACUAUGGAUAUGAGUUCUGCUAUGAUAUAAGAAAUGUCAAUACAAAGAGGUGCUUGGGAGAACUUCCAUCCUUUGUUUCUCCUAUACUCCAAAGGAUAGCAUCAUUCCCGAACCUAGAUCAUAGUACUGCAAGUUCGAUACUGGACCAACUUACGAUUAACGAGUAUCCACGUGGGGUUGGACUCUCCCCUCACAUAGACACCCAUUCAGCAUUUGAUGAUUUGAUUUUUAGCCUUUCACUAGCCGGGCCUUGCAUUAUGGAGUUUAGGCAAUAUGUAGAUGGUUCAAUUGUUCCAACAAUUGCUUCGAGUACUGAGGUCGAAGCUGAUAACUCUCACGAUAGCUCAAACAUGAUUAGGAAAGCCAUCUACCUUCCUCCUCGGUCAAUGCUUCUAUUAUCUGGGGAGGCACGUUAUGCUUGGAAUCACUACAUCCCACAUCACAAGAUAGACUUGGUGGAUGGCACAGUGAUAAAUAGGAGUUUGAGACGGGUCUCUUUUACCUUCCGUAAGGUACGAAGAGGACCCUGCCAGUGUGAAUUUCCUCAAUACUGCGAUUCACAGAGAUGAGGAGGCAAUUGCUUCGCUCUGCAUCGACACUGUACUUACAAGAACAUGAUGAUGGAAAGGGUGAAUCGACGGUGGAGUUUAUAGCAUAGGUGACAGGACUAAUCCGGCAUGAAAAGAUGGUGAUAGUGAUAAGGUGAUUCUGUUUCUUCUUCUGCUCUGGAAUUUGACUUUUGAACUUGAGCAUGAGAUGAUACACUGUUAAGAAUUGGGGAUUGCAUGACUGCCUGACAUUGCUUCCCUUUCCAUACACAAGCUUUUGUAGUGAGAUCAAUUUUGAUCAUCUGUUUAAUUCCUUUCAAAUCCAAAUUAAUUAUCAUACAGUUUUACGUUCAACAAAAGACGGCAAUAAUAGGAUGUGGUAGCU